GCCGGUGGCGCAGGCACGGACGGACGGACGGACCGGCCGAGGGACGGGCGGGGCAUGCGGGCGGCCCGGCUCUAGCCCGGGUGCGCGGCUCCAGCCGCAGCCAUGGAGCAACGGCUGCGUGCGCUGGAGCAGCUGGUGCGGGGUGAGGCCGGCGGGGGCCCGGGGCUCGACGGCCUCCUGGAUCUGCUGCUGGGGCUGCACCAGGAGCUCAGCGGCGCCCCCCUGCGCCGGGAGCGCAACGUGGCGCAGUUUCUGAGCUGGGCCAGCCCCUUUGUAGCAAAAGUGAGAGAGCUGCGUCUACAGAGAGAUGACUUUGAGAUCUUGAAGGUGAUUGGCCGAGGGGCCUUUGGGGAGGUUGCUGUAGUGAGGCAGAGGGACAGUGGCCAGAUUUUUGCCAUGAAGAUGUUGCAUAAAUGGGAGAUGCUGAAGAGGGCUGAGACGGCCUGUUUCCGGGAGGAGCGAGAUGUCCUGGUGAAGGGGGACAGCCGCUGGGUGACUGCUCUGCACUAUGCCUUCCAAGACGAGGAAUAUCUGUACCUGGUGAUGGACUACUACGCUGGCGGGGACCUCCUCACACUGCUGAGCCGUUUUGAGGACCGCCUCCCACCCGAGCUGGCCCAGUUCUAUCUGGCUGAGAUGGUGCUGGCCAUCCACUCGCUGCACCAGCUGGGCUAUGUCCACAGGGACGUCAAGCCUGACAAUGUCCUGCUGGACAUGAAUGGCCACAUCCGCCUGGCAGACUUUGGCUCCUGUCUGCGUCUCAACAAUAGUGGCAUGGUGGAUUCAUCAGUAGCAGUUGGAACCCCAGACUAUAUCUCUCCUGAGAUCCUGCAGGCCAUGGAGGAGGGCAAGGGCCACUAUGGUCCACAGUGUGACUGGUGGUCCCUGGGAGUCUGUGCCUAUGAGCUGCUUUUUGGGGAAACACCCUUCUAUGCUGAAUCCCUGGUGGAAACCUACGGCAAGAUCAUGAACCAUGAGGACCACUUGCACUUUCCCUCGGAUGUGCCUGAUGUGCCUGCCAGUGCCCAGGACCUGAUCCGCCAGCUUCUUUGCCGCCAGGAGGAGCGGCUGGGUUGUGGUGGGCUGGAUGACUUCCGGAAACACCCUUUCUUUGAAGGUGUGGAUUGGGAGCGACUGGCCACCAGCACAGCCCCUUACAUCCCUGAGCUCCGUGGACCUAUGGAUACCUCCAACUUUGACGUGGAUGAUGACACCCUCAACCAUCCAGAGACGCUACCACCGUCCUCCCAUGGGGCCUUUUCAGGCCACCACCUGCCAUUUGUAGGCUUUACCUAUACCUCAGGCAGCCCCAGUCCUGAGAAGAGCUCUGAGCCACAGGCUGUUCUGGAGAAGGUGGAAUUGAGCUGGAGUUGCCAAGAGGCCCUGCAUGGCCCCUCCCAGCCCCAGGAGCUGGUGCGGCUACAGAAGGAAGUCCAGACUCUUCAGGAGAGACUGGCAGAGGCACUGAGGGACAGCAAGGCCUCCUUGUACCACAUUGAUGGCCCCCCAGCAGGGAGCCUAGACCCAAACAUUGAACUACAACAGGAAAAGGACUGCCUCAAGCAGGAGUUGGCCGACACUCAGGCAGCACUGAAGGUGCAAGCUAAUGAGCUGUGCCGAGCCCAGGACCGGCAGGAAGAAUUGCUCCAGAAACUAUGGGAAGCCCAGGAGAGAGAGGCAGCCACAGCCAGCCAGAUCCAGGCCCUGAGCUCCCAGCUGGAGGAAGCCCAAGUUGCUCGGAGAGAACUGGAGGGCCAGGUGGCAACCCUGAAUCAGGAGGUGACCCAGCUCCAGGGACAAUGUAAACAAAGCCGUGAGGAGUCAUCCCAGGCGAAGACCGUCCAUACAGCCUCUGAGACCAACGGUAUGAGAUCACUUGAAGGUCAGCCUGAGGAGGCCCAGCUGAGGAAAGAGGUGGCUGCUCUGAGGGAGCAGCUGGAGCAGGCCUGCAGCCACGGGAUCAGUGGUGGCAAGGAGGAGGCUCUGUGCCGGCUACAGGAGGAGAACCAGAGGCUGAGCCGGGAGCAGGAGCGGCUGGUAGAAGAGCUGGAGCUGGAGCUACAGAGCAAACAGCGUUUGGAAGGCGAGCGUCGGGAGACGGAGAGCAACUGGGAGGCCCAGAUCACUGACAUCCUCAGCUGGGUGAAUGAUGAGAAGGUCUCAAGAGGCUACCUGCAGGCCUUGGCCACUAAGAUGGCGGAGGAGCUAGAGUCUUUGCGAAAUGUGGGCACCCAGACACUCCCCACCCGGCCUCUGGAUCAUCAGUGGAAGGCUCGGCGGCUACAGAAGAUGGAGGCUUCCGCCCGGCUGGAGCUACAGUCAGCGUUGGAGGCUGAGAUCCGGGCCAAGCAGAGCCUACAGGAGCGACUGACGCAGGUGCAAGAGGCUCAACUGCAGGCUGAGCGCUGCCUGCAGGAGGCUGAGAAGCAAAGCCAGGCCCUGCAGCAGGAGGUGGCUGAACUACGAGAGGAGCUUCGAGCCCGUGGGCCAGGGGAUGGCAAGCCUUCCACCUCUCUCAUCCCUUUCCUGUCCUUCUGGAACACAGGGGAUUUUACCAAGGACCCUGGCAGCUCAGGGGAAGCCCCAAGACCUGCAGCAGAGUCAGAGCUGAGGCCGGAGGGCCGCCGCAGCCUGCGCAUGGGGGUAGUGUUCCCCAGAGGGCCUGCAGCCACUGCCCCUGCAGAAAACCCUCCUGCUAAGCCCGGCUCACACACACUGCGUCCCCGGAGUUUCCUAUCCCCUACCAAGUGUCUGCAUUGUACUUCCCUGAUGCUGGGCCUGGGCCGCCAGGGCCUCAGCUGUGACACCUGUGGCUACUUCUGUCACUCUGCCUGUGCCCCACAGGCCCCACCCUGCCCUGUACCCCCUGAACUCCUCCGCACAGCUCUGGGAGUGCACCCUGAAACAGGCACAGGCACUGCCUAUGAAGGCUUCCUGUCGGUGCCACGACCUUCGGGCGUCCGGCGGGGCUGGCAGCGUGUAUAUGCUGCCCUCAGUGACUCCCGCCUGCUGCUGUUUGAUGCCCCUGACCCUCGGGGCAGCCUGGCCAGUGGGGUCUUCCUUCAGGCCUUGGAUCUGAGGGAUCCCCAGUUCUCAGCCACCCCUGUCCUGGCCUCAGACGUCAUCCAUGCCCAAUCCAAGGACCUGCCACGCAUCUUUAGAGUGACGGCCUCCCAGCUGACUGUGCCACCGACCACAUGUACUGUGUUGCUCCUGGCUGAGAGCGAGGGGGAACGGGAACGUUGGCUGCAGGUGCUGGGUGAGCUGCAGCGGUUGCUGCUAGAUGCGAGGCCGAGGCCCCGGCCGGUGUACACACUCAAGGAGGCCUAUGACAAUGGGCUGCCACUGCUGCCCCACACGCUCUGCGCUGCCAUCAUCGACCAGGAGCGGCUUGCCCUGGGCACUGAGGAGGGACUGUUUGUGAUCCACCUCCACAACAAUGACAUCUUCCAGGUGGGGGAGUGCCGCCGGGUGCAGAAGCUGGCUGUGAGCCCUGCUGCGGGCUUGCUGGUCGUGCUGUGCGGUCGGGGCCCCAGUGUGCGCCUCUUUGCCUUGGCCGAACUGGAAAAUUCUGAGGCAGCAGGUGCCAAGAUCCCUGAAUCCCGAGGCUGCCAGGCGUUGGCAGCUGGGCGCAUCCUGCAGGCCCGCACCCCAGUGCUCUGUGUGGCAGUCAAACGCCAAGUACUCUGCUACCAACUGGGCCCGGGACCAGGGCCCUGGCAGCGCCGCAUCCGGGAGCUGCAGGCACCUGCACCUGUGCAGAGCCUGGGGCUGCUGGGUGACAGGCUCUGCGUGGGUGCAGCCGGCACCUUCGCUCUCUACCCGCUGCUCAAUGAGGCUGCGCCCUUAGCGCUGGGGACCGGCCUGGUGUCUGAGGAGCUGCCACCAUCCCGAGGGGGCCUGGGCGAGGCAAUGGGCGCUGUGGAACUCAGCCUCAGUGAGCUCCUGCUGCUCUUCACCACCGCUGGUGUCUACGUGGAUGGCGCUGGCCGCAAGUCACGAAGCCAUGAGCUGCCAUGGCCAGCGGCACCCACGGGCUGGGGUUACACAGCGCCCUACCUAACAGUGUUCAGUGAAAACUCCAUUGAUGUGUUUGAUGUGAGGCGCGCAGAAUGGGUGCAGACUGUGCCGCUCAAGAAGGUGCGGCCCCUGAAUCCAGAAGGCUCCCUGUGCCUCUAUGGCACUGAGAAGGUCCGCCUGACCUACCUCAGGAACCCGCUGGCAGAGAAGGACGAGUUUGACAUCCCCGACCUCACUGAUAACAGCCGGCGCCAGCUGUUCCGCACCAAGAGCAAGCGCCGAUUCUUCUUCCGGGUGUCGGAUGAGCAGAGGCAGCAGCAGCGCAGGGAGAUGCUGAAGGACCCUUUUGUACGCUCCAAGCUCAUCUCACCGCCCAUCAACUUCAACCACCUGGUGCACGUGGGCCCUACAGACGGGAGGCCCUGCUCCAGGGAUGGGCCCCGGGCUCAGGAACAGAAGAAUCGGGGUUCCCGGAGUUCCGGACCGCAGCGGCCCCACAGCUUCUCAGAGGCAUCGAGGCGCCCAGCGUCCAUGGGCAGUGAUGGCCUCCCUGGAGAGCCAGACCCCACCGUGAAGAGGAAACCUUGGACAUCUCUGUCCAGUGAAUCAGUGUCCUGUCCCCAGGGGUCCCUGAGCCCUGCAGUGUCCCUGAUUCAGGUCUCAGAGCGGCCCCGAAGCCUCCCCCCAGCCCCUGAGUCAGAGAGCACCCCCUGAUGCCCUCUGGCAGUGCCCUCCCAGUCCCAGGACAGAAGGAGUGAGGGAGCAAAGAGCGUGUGGAAUGCCGUACUCCCGCUGGUCCGGGACACGUGGAAAUUCAGACUCAGGGAGGGCCUAGGUGGAGGGCUAACAGUGAGGCUUGCCUGGGUGCCCAGGACUAGGGGGUCCUGACUCUCCACCUUUGUCCCUCCUUUCCCUGGGCUCCCAACCUAGGCCUGCACUGGCUGCUGGGGGUGCCAUGGCUCUGGUGCCCGGGGAUGAUUGUGCCAAAGCUGUGUUUUCCAGGGCCAAGCCCUGGGAAGCUUAUAGGAGUCAGGAUGAGGGCUGGAGAAGGACGGGUCCCUGCAGGCAUGCUGAAGGUAUUGUCUGUGCGCCUGGUCUCCCUCUGAGACCAAGACGGCAUAUCCUGGUCUCUGCUCAAGGUCAGGCUGGGAAAGAUGGGCUCUGAUUCAGAGGAAAGGAGAUGCAGGUGAAGGAGGUGAGAGCAAGGCAGGGAGGAAAGGAAGUGAAAGAGGAGGAGACAGAGGAAGUGUGAAGAAGAGGAGGUGAGGGACAGAGUGAGAGAGGAAGAGACUGGAGAGAGCAGAGGAAGAGGAGGAGGCAGCGAGCUGGGACAGAACCAGACCGGGGACCCUUCUCUGGGGAUGACGGACUUGGGAUGGGGAGCAGGACUGUUGCCAGCUAAUCCAUCCAGGGGAAAAUGGUUCCUAGGCAGGGAGGGGAAGGGAGGGUAUUUAUAAGGGCUUCUUGGUGGGAGAUGGACACCCUCUGGGGGCCACUGGAAGAUCUCUGCCACACUUUGGCUCUUCCCAGUAAGAGGGGGUCCUUUUUCUCGAAGCUUCAACCAAAUGUAUUAGGGGAACAUAGGGGGCAUUUUCUUAUUGAUCACAGUCAUUAUUGUUGUUAUUAUAUUGCUAUUUUUAUUAAACCUCCCUCUCCUGAAGUAUGGGGGGUAGAGUAAGUAUUUAUCUCCUUAAAUACCACAUUCCUGGAAGGGAUAGACCCUGAUGCUCUGUGAUGCAGCAAGAAACCAAUAAAGACAACUUUAUAAGCU